CAUUUAACAUUACUAUACAAUACAACACUAUUAUAAUAAUAGUUAUUAUUAUUAUUACUGUAUUAGUCAUACAAUUGAUUAACUGAUUGAUUGAUCGAUUGAUCGGCCGAUUAUCUCCAGCCAAGUGGUCACUAACCGAUCCGCUGUCACCACCGCCGCCGCCGCCGCCAAUGUGUAUGUCCUGUCAAUAAUAACAACAACACAAACAACGUGUCCACCCGAUUGUCUGCCGGCCUGACCGACUGUCCGCCCGUAAAAAUCAAGUGUCCAAUACAGACAACAACAACACGUGUGUGUGUGUGUGUGACCACUGCCGCCGCCGUCGCCGCCCGUCAGCCACAACAACAACAAGAAUAACCAAUUGGUUGUUUUGAACGACCACUACUUCAUUGACCUCCUCCUCCUCCUCCUUGUCCUCGUUGUUGUCGUUAUCGUUGUCAUUGAUUGAGAGACGACAACUCCCGAUAGAUAGAUAGAUAGAUAGAUAUCGGGAUCGACGACAACAAUCACAGCACACGCAAGAAAUAUGCUAACACUUCACGACGGAAACGAAAACACGUCGUCGGCGUCAUCGUCGGCGACGUCAUCGCCGCCGCCGCCGACAACACAAUCUAAUGCCAAACACCGACAACAACAACAACAACAGUCGCCAUCGUUGUCGCCCAACUCAGACAUCAACAAUAAGACACGCUCAGACACCGUAGACUUGGAUGAAUCGCCGCUAGUGGUGGACAUAUCCGAUGCGCUGAGCGAAAGAGAUCGGGUAAAGUUUACAAUACAUACAAAGACCAAACUACCAGAGUUUAAGUCAUCGGAGUUUUCGGUUGUCCGACAGCACGAAGAGUUUAUUUGGCUGCACACGAGUCUUGUCGAUAAUGAACUAUACGCCGGUUUUAUUAUACCGCCGGCACCUCCUCGACCCGAUUUUGAUGCCUCACGCGAAAAGCUCCAGAAGCUGGGCGAAGGCGAAGGUACGAUGACUAAGGAAGAGUUUCAGAAGAUGAAACAGGAGUUGGAGGCCGAAUAUUUGGCAACAUUUAAGAAGACAGUGGCAAUGCAUGAAGUAUUUCUACAACGGCUGGCCAUUCAUCCGAAGUUUAGGGGCGACCAAAACUUUCGUAUAUUUCUUGAAUACGAUAGCGAUUUGAGUGUUCGGGGAAAGAACAAGAAGGAAAAACUGGUCGGACUGUUCAGUAAUAUUAGAUCAUCAGCUGAUGAUAUGCUGUUGAGUACGACAAUGAAAGAUGUCGACGAAUUUUUCGAAAAAGAGCGACAAUUCUUAACCGAAUAUUUCAAUCUAAUCAAAGAUUCGACCGGAAAAGCCGAUCGGAUGACCCGAUCGCAUAAGAAUGUUGCCGAUACCUAUAUUAAGAUAUCAUCGGCGCUGAUCCAGUUGGCCACUGUUGACCAAACAGAUUUGGAAACAUUCUAUAGUAAAGUAUCCGAUUGUCUGGAAAAGGCCCGCAAAACUGAAGGACGUAUUUCAUCCGAUGAAGACCUAAAACUAUCUGAUUUGCUUCGGUAUUAUAUGCGCGACACUUCGGCUGCCAAAGAUCUACUCUAUCGGCGACUGAGAUGUUUAGCCAAUUACGAGACUGCAAACCGUAAUCUAGAGAAAGCUCGCGGCCGUAACAAAGAUAUUCCCGCAGCCGAAUCGGCUCAAGUAGAGGCCAGCGAAAAGUUUGACAACAUAUCGAGGCUAGCAAAACAAGAGCUUCAAGACUAUAAGACCCGAAGGGUGGCCGCCUUUCGCAAGAACUUAAUCGAAUUGGCCGAACUCGAGCUCAAGCAUUCCAAGGCCGAAGUCCAACUGCUUAAGACAUGUUUGACAUCACUUAAAGACAACGAUAUGAAUGAUUAACAAACACUCGAAAAAAUAAGAUGAAAAUGAAAGUCAAAAAAAAAACAAAUUUUUUUAUAAAUAUUUUUUAGAUAUUAAUCGACAGUUUUUUAAUAAAAAAAAUGGAAAUCAAUUGUUAUAACAAAAUUACAGCAAAAUAAUAGGUAAUUAAUUAUUCACACAAUUAGGAGGUUAUGUUAUAAACAGGUUUCGGACUCUGAAUUUUAUAAUCAAUUUUUUUUUUUAAAAAUAUAUAUAUAUUUGAAAAACAAAACAAAUAGAGUAUAAGUUAUAUAUAUAUAUUUGGGACCAAAUUAGCAAUUUUUUUAAUAUUUAGAUAAAUAUGGAAACUAUUAUUUGUUUUGUGAUUUUUUUGUGUGUGUUUGGCUAACAAUCGAUGUUAAAUUAUUUAGAUUUUUUUUUAGUUUUUAUUUU